CGCUUCCCGCCAAAAACAAUUAAAUUAAAAAUAAGAAGCAAGACGGGGCGAGACCGCGGGCACAAUGGCCACAGAGGAAAGCUCCCAGGAUAUUUUGCGGCUCCAAUUCAAGGCCAUGCAGGAACUACAGCAUCGGAGGUUACAGAAGCAGAUGGAGAAAAAGAAGGAAAAGGAACUGAGCCGCCAAAGCCCAGCAGAGGAACCAAAGGAGUCAUUGGAGAUUGCCGACAGCCUUAGCUUUCUCCACACAGACGAGCAGAAUCUCAAGAGCAUCUUUGAACAGAGGGUGCUGGAAGAUGAGAUCCAGCAGCUUCGCGAAGAGCUCAGGGAAGCGGUGGAUGAGAACGGAAGACUGUACAAGCUGCUGAAGGAAAGGGACUUUGAAAUCCAGCACCUCAAAAAGAAAAUCGAAGAGGACAGAUUGGCCUUUACAGGGACUGCCGGUGUAGCUGGAGAUGUGGUCGCUACCAAAAUUGUCGAGCUGUCCAAAAAGAACCGGGUGCUGAUGGCAGAGUCUGAGGGAGCCAAGACCAGAGUGAAGCAGCUGACCAGUCGCAUCCAGGAGCUGGAGCGGGAGCUGCAGGAAGCCCGGGCCAGGCUGCCACCCAAGAGGGCAAGCGAUGCGGAAGCCAGGCCUCUGAAGGCCCAGACGGGAGACAGAACCUUGCUGGAGACACCGGAGGUAAAGGCGCUACAGGAAAGACUGACCGCCACCAACCUGAAGAUGAGCGACCUGCGGAACCAGAUCCAGUCCGUGAAGCAAGAGCUCCGGAUGGCCCAGAAGGUUCUGGCCAGCGAGGUUGGAGAAGACUUCAACAUUCAGCAGCUCCUCUCCUCACCGGGGUCUUGGAGGGGAAGAGCGCAGCAGAUCCUCGUUCUGCAGAGCAAGGUCCGAGAGCUGGAGAAGCAGCUGGGACAGACGCAGAGCAAGGAAGAGCCAUCUGACCACGCAGACCCAAAGAAGCUGUCAGCACAGGAGAAACACCUGCUGAGAAUCCGCAGCCUGGAGAGGGAGAAGCAGGAAAGCUGGGAGAAGCUAGCUGGGGAACGCGAUGCUCUCCAGAGAGAGCUUGAAGAAUUGAGAAAGAAGUUGGAGGCCAUGAAAUCUCGCAACAAGGUGUUGUCGAACGAAGUGAAGACCCUCAAGACCCAGAUGGGGACUCUGGUGGAGAAGGGCAGACAUGAUGAUGAGCUCAUCGAUGCACUCAUGGAGCAGCUGAAGCAGUUACAAGAGAUCUUGGGCAGCCUGAGCCUCCAGGAGGAGAAAAUGCGCCUGUCCCAGCACAACCAGGACCAAAAGGCCAACAGCGAGGCCCAGCGGAGCAGCAGCCUGGUGGCCCAGCUGCGGGCCAUGGUGGCGGAGCGAGAGGAGAAGGUGCGGCAGCUAGAGCUGGAGAUCGGGCAGCUCAGCAAGCAGUAUCUUCGGAGUAAAGGAAUGGGCGAGGGAUCUGCUAGGCCUGACGUCAGCCCUGGCCACAUCAGGGUCUUGGAGGACCUGAACUACACCAAGUCUCCAGCCUCCUCUGGCGAUCAUGCUAGCCGGUUGGGAUCUUCCCGCCCCGUGUCCAGCCUCGGCCACACACUGGUGGAAUCGGCCCUCACCAGGCCUUCCCUGCCCAGCCCCCACGGGACCUCCCCCAGGUUCUCAGACUCGCCGGAACACAAAGGCUGGCAGGCCCAAGUGGCAGAGAUCAAGGCCCUGUGGCAGGCCACCGAAGUGGAGCGGGAUCGGCUCCAGGAGUUUGUCACCGUCCUGCAGAAACGGGUGGAUGAGAGCAGCAGCCGGCUCCUGGAGGCCGAGCGCCAGCUGCAGGAGGAGAGGCAGCGCACGGUGGUGCUGGAGCAGAGGCUGGAGAAGAAGCGCCUGGAGUCGGGCAGGGCCUCGGCCUCGCAGAAAGCCUCCAGGAGCAAAGCAGGUGCACCCGCUUCCACCACCAGGCACAACCAAGCUGGCAGCGAGAGAAAAGACCUAUCCUCUGCUGAGCUCUCGGAUGUGCCAGCGGAGUCCCAGAUUGAGGAGCUGACCACCAGGCUGGCCAUCCAGGCGGAGGAGAACGAGAUCCUGAGGGCCGCACUGGGCAGCGCCCUGCGGGGCAAGGAGGAGGACUUCCGGAUGUACCACGAGACGCUGGGCCAGGUCAAGGGCGUCUUCAUCCAGGCCUUGAGGCAGCAGAAGGCAGAGAGGAGCUAGGCCGCUCACUCAGCACCCCUAGGACCAUGGGCCGGUCCACACAGAG